GCUAGCUCCCAGGGUUGCGAGGUAUAUAAGAGCCCGUCAGACCAGCCCCGGCGCCAGAAGACAAGCAGAGAGAGACUCCUCCAGACCCACUCAGACCACGCGCACGCCCUCCAAGAUGGUAUCCCGUAAGGCUGUGGCUGCUCUGCUGGUGGUGCACGCAGCUGCCAUGCUGGCCACGCAGACGGAAGCCUUCGUCCCCAUCUUCACCUAUGGUGAACUCCAGAGGAUGCAGGAAAGGGAACGGAAUAAAGGGCAAAAGAAAUCCCUGAGUAUAUGGCAGAGGUCUGGGGAGGAAGGUCCUGUAGACCCCACGGAGCCCAUCGAGGAAGAAGAAAACAAAAUGAUCAAGCUGACUGCUCCUGUGGAAAUUGGAAUAAGGAUGAACUCCAGGCAGCUGGAAAAGUACCGGGCCACCCUGGAAGGGCUGCUGAGCGAGAAGCGGCCCCAGCACGCAACCAAGUGACAGCCACGCUGGGAAGAAGGUGGACAGAUUUGGGAGGCCCCUCCCACCUGAGUGAGGCCCUGGGAAUUUGCACAGCCUGCCAGCUGGGCCUGGAAGGAAAACACCCUUUCCAAAGCAAAUCCCCCUCCAGCAAAUAAAGCAUGAAAUAUACAGAAA